AUGUGCAGAAGUCCCAGCGGGACCACGACGUGGGCUGACGACAUGAGACCCAAGAGUGACAUGACAGACAGCGCCGUUACCGGUGCUGCCAGGUCGACUUCGUGUCCACCUCCCUCGCCGGCGGAAUCGUCUAAGAUGCGUUAUGAGGGAGGCCUGGCCGCAGUGAGCUUAGUGGGAGGUAUGAGUCAGACCAGUGGCGAGAUGACCCAGAGUGGCAUGAAAGACUGGACAGAGACCCAGAGUGGGAUUAUGACCAUAGCUGGAGUGACGAGAGACACUCUGACUGAUAUGAUGAGCGCAGAGAUAGAGACAGCCCUGAGUUUUGCAUGCCCUCUUCAGUUGACAACUGUCUUCUUGCAGAGAGGUCGAAAGAGUGACAGGUCUGAAGAUGGCUAUCUGUCUGAUGGCGAUUAUCAAGAGCAAGAUUACAAGAUGGAGCUAGGGGAGGAGGAGAGCAAGGCCAUCAUGCUCAGAGGCCUGUCCCUCCAGGUCACAGAGGAAGAUAUCUGGGCUGCUCUUGAGCAGCUGCAGGGACCCCAGCUUGUGGACAUCCGGCUGAUGAAGAAGAGGACAUCUGCACCAGGAGUGAAGGCCCUGAUCGCUACAGCAGCAGGGGUGGUUAUGUCCCAGACCGCACAGGUCUAUCAGCAUCACCUCCUCAGCCAGCCUGCCAUACAGUACUACUACAACUCCCAGACCCAACAGUACCUGUACUGGAACAGUGAGACACAGACCUACAUCGCUGCAGCAGCAGAAACCACACAACAGCUGCAGACUCCAGCUGAGAACAGGCCUCUUCAGCAGCCUCAUCAACAUGGUGGAGGGUUUGAGACCCAGCUGGUGAAGAACGAGCUGGUGAAGAAGGGAGAGCCAGAAACCCCAGCCAAGAGUAGCCUGGUGGCAGUUUACAGUGGGGGCAGUGACCCAGAGGAGGCAGCAGACCCAGAUCAGGGAAUUGGAGGUGAUGAGCGGUCAGACAAGCUGACAGACUGGAGGAAGAUGACCUGUCUGCUCUGUCUCAGGCAGUUCCCUAGCGAAGACGCCCUGCUGCUGGUGCACCAACAGCUUCAGACCUGCAGGAUGCAAAACGUGGAAAUUCACAGACGAUCCAAACUAUUGGAUGCCGAGCUGGAGGAGUUGGAGAGAAAAGAUGUGCAGCUGAAAUACAGAGACAGAGCUGCUGAAAGAAGGGAUAAUUAUGGUGUUCCUGAACCACCAGCACCCAAGAAGAAGAAAUUCUAUCAGACUUGAUACGCCAUCCCAUCUGGUUUGGGCUUAGUGGGACUAUCAUUUGUUUUUCAACAGGACAAUGACCCAAUACAC